AUGGCAGCACCCGGCUGCUGCAGCCUCUCGGCUGCCUUCCAGGAGUACCUGCGGCACCUGGGGCUGCAGGACUUCCCCUGCGGCCUCGGCAGCUGGAACAAAUCCUGCCCCAGUGGCCGCAGGAGCCCCCGCGGGGUCCAGCCCGGGCAGGAGGAGGCUGUGCUGGAUGAGGAGACCCCCGAGGCGCUGCUGGAGCUGCUGAGGGACCAGCACAGCCCCUGGGCACUGCCACAGGACUGCAGCCCCCAGGACCGGCUCCUGAGGGAGGUGGCCGUGCUGGCACCCGAGCUCGUCCACGGCUCCAAAGUCUACCAGGUCCUCAAGUCCCUGCGGAUGGUCGACAAGGGAGUGGAGGAGGUCGAUGAGGGUGUGUUGCAGUUCCAGCAGCUGGAGGAGCUCAUCCUCAGUGCCAACCAGAUCAGCAGGAUCACCUCGGCCAACCUGCCCCGGACACUGAAGGUCCUGGAGCUCUGCUGCAACACUGUGGGCGAUCUGGAGGACUUGUGCUCUCAGCCUCCUCCGGAGCUCCAGCACUUGGGGCUGGGACACAACAGGCUGUGUGGCCCUUCCCAGGACAGGUUCUUCACUGGGGAUUUCUGGCCAAACCUUAUCUCCCUUGACCUGAGCUUCAACAGCCUCACGGAUCUGCUGGGGCUGGUCUCCCAGCUGGCCACUCUGCAGAAGCUCCGCAUCCUGGUGCUCCAAGGGAACCCCCUGGCUCUCAUCCCCACUUACAGAGGCUUCCUCGUGGACAGCCUGCCCAAGCUGUCCCUCCUCGAUGACAUCUACGUAGGGCCUGAUGAGAGGCAGCAGUUCCAUGGCUUGGCGAGGCAGCCAGAACUAAGCAGGAGUGAAGCUCGGGUGCUUGUGAGUGUUGGGGAGAUGAAGGGAGUCCCUGAUCCCAGCGCUCUCCAGCAGCUGGAGGUUGGCUCCGAGGCCCCGGUGAUCACCUGCAGCUACUUUGUGACCUACGAGUUUCCAGAGGGAGAGGAGGAGUUUGUGGAGGAAGAGGAGCUGGAGGACAAGAGCAACACUGAGGUAACAAAAACGCAGCAGAGUCCCAGGGGGUCCAUGCUGGAUGUGGACAACUCUGCUCAGGACACAGGAGAAACAAAGAACCAGCAGGACCCUGCAGCCACGGAGGAGCCAAAGGCUCACUCUGCAAGGGUGUUUGCCACCCCUGGAAUGCCCUGGGCAGACACCAUCGACUGCAGCUACACAAAGGAGCACAUUGCCAAGGACUUGGUGGGGCUGAAGUCCUACCUGGCAGCUGGAACGGUUGUGUCAGUUGUGGAGGAGAAGGUGCUCUCAUGGCCUGUAGAUGCUGACCCAGAAGACAAUAAGAAGGAAGGACAGGACAGUGCCAAGCGUUCUCCCUCCAGGGACAAGAAAAAGAAGCAGCAGCAGCAGCAGCCACGAGAACUCCGCAGUGACCCUCCCAUUCUGAGAACCCUGGGCACCACCAGGGUGACCUUGGAGGCCCUGCUGGCCACCGAGGACCUGGUGGAGACUGUGUGUGACUUUGGGGUCCUGAUCACUGAGAAACCACCAGAACCACCAGUUCCAGAGGAGAAGGAUGAGAAAAAAGGCAAAGACAAGAACAAAAAGGCAAAGGCAGAAGGAAAAGGAAAAAACAAAGAUACUGCUGAGCUGGAGGAAGGUCAAGAGCUCCAGCCGGUGCCACUGGUGGUUCAAUUCCAGAUGCAGCUGCUUCGGUGGCCCUUGGCAGUCGGUGCCCACAGCCAGGAGAACGAGGCCGUGGAAGUGGAGAAACCCCAGUAACGUGUCCAUAGCCGAGUGGGAAAUAAACCCCGCGGGAACACUGCGUGGAUCCUGGUUGAGCCGAAUCGCCAGAGCUGGGAGAUCCCACUGGAUUUGUGACGGUCUGGGGCUGCU